AUGGAUCAUGUGAACAUGGAACACGAUGGGCAUGGUGGACACGACCAUGGCCACACCGGACAUGGCAUGGAGAUGAGCAUGCCAAUGAUCUUCAGCCUAAGUACCAAAGUAACCAUUCUAUUCAGCUGGUGGUCAACCACUACAGUGAUCUCAUAUGUCCUUACUUUGUUGCUCCUCUUCCUCCUCGCUUGCUUCAACCGGUUCCUUGGGAUUUUGAAACUUCUGCAUCAGAGACCAAAUGAUUUGUACCAUGAAAUACAUGAUGUGCCCAAUUUGACUCUACCACUGUCUCGCUGGACUCGAAAUCCGAAUGCAAAUGAUCGCAUGAGCCCUCUCCCACCACAAGUGGUGUUCAAUGAUAACGACACCGAUCGUUAUGAUGCUUUUCCCACAGCACCCCUGUUGGGACCCACCUCCCAGCCUUAUUCCAAUCAGUACGACGAAAGCUCUCAACCUAGUUCAUAUCGCUCGCACAGAAAAUUGAACUGGCAACAUGACGGUACGAGCUCUUUGCUGGAAGGACUUCGCGCUCUUAUUGGGUAUGGGUUGAUGCUGGCGGUCAUGACAUUCAACGUUGGUGUUCUGUGUGCCGUUAUUGUGGGUAUGGUUGUGGGGGAGCUAUUUCUCGGCCGGUUUUCCCCACCGUCGCCUGGGUGGCAGGAUGGCGCAUGUCAUAACAGUUAG